UGCCGGCCAUAUUGUUAUUGUGUGUAGUGAAAUAAAAGUCUACUUUUCAAUCCACGUGUUUAAAACCACAAUUUUUGAAGAAAAACAGUGAAAAAUAACAAAAAAAUUAAAGAAAAACUAUUAAAAAUAAAACAAAUAUUAAAUAUAAACAAAAAUAAUAAAGACCUUUGAAUUUUUCGUGAUUAAAUAAAGAUUCUUCAACAUUCAGCGAAAAUGGUAUCUGGUCGCCCACUUUUGUAUUUGUCACUGCCUGGUGUAGCAUUUAUACUUGGAGUAUUUUGGUUUCGGCGUCGAAAUAAAAAUAGUUUAGAUAAUGAUACGAAAAAGGCAAGUGGCGGCGGCGGCGAGAAGGAACAUCUUUCAGCUAAUAACAAAAAAGAAGUUAAAGAAGACAUAAUCACAAAGACCAUAGCAAAUGGCAGUGUUAAAACAAAUGCUGCUGCUCCCCCAACACCAACAAAGUCUAUAAACAUAAAUGGUACGCUACCUAAUGAUGACGAAAAUCGUAUAUUUGGCAAAUCGGCACCUAUAAAAAUUGUACAAAAUGGACGUGGCACAUCUCCGGUUAAACAAUCGCAACAGCAGGUUGAUUCUGAAGUGUUGAAAUCGAAGAUACAAGAUGCUGAACACAAGUUGUUGAGGUCCAUCGAUGAAGAUUUUGAAAAUCUUUCAUCUCCCGUUGAUUUGCCCGACUCCGUUAACAAUCGCAUGUCAUUCUACUCACGUAAUGUUGAUAUUAAAAAGGAUAAGCCGGUGGUUAUAAUGGCCACAACAACUCCUAAAAUAUCGCCGGAAAAUUCAUUUUUGGAAAGUAAAUAUACCAAAGAAUGUGAACAAAAUAACAACUUUGAUGACAGCAAAACAUCGGCAAAUGGUAAUAAUGAUGGCCCCUCAGCGAAAUCACCAACAAACACUAUUAUCACUGUUAAAUCCGAGGAAACAAACAAGAAUACUAAUGAUGACGCUGAAGACACCAAAAAGUCCAUUAUUGUUAAUGACUCGGAAAUAGAGGCAACAAAUGUUAGUGAUAAGCGUAAUGUUGAUGCCGCUAGUCCUUCGUUAAGUUUGUGCAGUGUACAAUCUGGUGAUUCUGGCAAGGGUUCAAGUCUACCACGCUCCGAGGCAGCAAGAGCUAAAACCACCUACGAGUUUUUCCUACCGAACAGUUUAGUGGGUCAGUUGUACGGUCGUAAGCGCUCUUAUAUUAAUUUCAUUAAAACAAAAACAAAUGCAACAGUUGUAUUGCGUCAAAAAGUGUACACUGGCAAAUUGCGUGUGUGCGCUAUCGAAGGUACUGAGGGUGAGAUACAAGCUGCAUUGGCUAUGAUACGCCAGCGUUUGCCGGCCAAGCGUUAUCCAAAUUUAACAAUGCAAAAAAUACAUUUUGCACUUCCACAAUCCGUAGUUCCUUUAUCAACAGAAAGUCUGCUUAAUCUUCAGUUAAAUUUAAUUGAAGGUAUCAAUAAUGAUAUAGUUGUUAGUGCUAUUAUUUCGGGUGGUCACUUAUUCGUACAACAUCCCCUACAUCCCACACAUCCUUCCUUAGCUGUUUUACAAAAAUGUCUCUACGAUUCAUAUACCGCAAACGAAGCACCCUUGCUGCCUGGCAUUGAGUUGAGUGCUGUGUGUGUGAUGCCCGUCAAUGGUGUUUGGUAUCGUGUGCAAAUUGUUGACGAAGAUGCUGAGGAGACAGAUAGAUGCGUAGUUAAAUUUUUAGAUUUUGGUGGCUAUAUGAAUGUACAUUUCAAUGAAUUAAGACAAAUACGUUCAGAUUUCAUGAGUGUGCCAUUCCAAGCUACCGAAUGUAUACUCUCGAAUGUUGAGCCAAUAGAUACCUGUUGGUCAGCGGAUUCAGCUGAUAUUUUAUCAAAAUUAACCAAAGGCAUUGUUUUACAAGCACAAGUAGCUGGAUACAAUUCCCAAAAUAUACCAGAAAUCUAUUUGUUUGCUUGCCUAGGCCCUAAUAAUGUUAUAUUUAUCAAUAAGGAACUUGUUGCCAGAAAUCUUGCAAAAUGGGUAGACUGAUUAUUCCCUAUGGAAAUGCCUAUAGAAGAUGAAACAACAGAGGCUGCCGACAGCAAUAAUAACAAUUGCCAUAAUAGCAGUCAACAUAAAACAAAUAGUAGCAACCUUAACUAAAUAAGUUCUCAAAGUAAUAUAUAACAUAUACAAAAAAAAAACAUUUUAACAACCUCCUACAUCAUUGCCUCCCUACUCUCCUUUCUACCUCCCUUCCUUCCUUCCUUUUCCCCUCCAAUAUUCUACUUGCUCUCAAUACCAUUCAUCCAUCCAUCCCAAAUGUAACUCUUUCUAAAAAUCUUUUACACAAAACUAUAACAAAAUGCAAAUCAACAAGAAUUAAAAACAAUGCACUUAUGAAAUUGAGAAAGCCAUAAUAUAGAAGAAAACAUGAACAAGCAAGCAACAAAAUUAAGAAUGAAAAAAAAAAAUUAAACAAAAUUCCCAUAAGUGAAUGUGAAUAAAGAAAGUUGUCACAGCAUUAUGUUUUCACAGAACAACAUUGAUGAUGAGCACAGGCGCAAAAUAACCUAAAAUAGAACAAUGAAAUAAUGAAUUUGCUUUUAGAAAGCAAAUCAAACAAAAAUGUGCUAAAAAUCAGUCAGUCAAACAGUCAGCUCUUUAAACAUAGAGAGAAACCAACAAACAAACAAACAAACAAAAAUAAUAAUAAAGCUUUUAUGUAGGCAUCUUUUUGUAAAUAUAUAUAAACUUAGGUCUAGGAUUUAAAAAAGAAAAAAACAAAACAAAAUUAAUUUAAAAACAUGAAACAUUACACAAAAUAUAUCAUUUCAACUUAACUCAUACAUGAUUUACUCAAUUCAACUCAAACACAUCCUCCUAAAUCCCCCCACCAUCCAUCAUCAUCCACACUUUUCCUUUUCAAUACUGUUUUAUAUCCUUUUUUUAUUACAUUUAAGUGACAAAAUAAAACAGUCAUUAUUUACAUACAUAUAUACGUUAUUUCCUUUUGUUUUAAAUUACAUCUAUGAACAAUAUUUAACACAAUUAUAAUUAUUAAUAAAUAUUAUUAUUUUUUUUUAUUUUAAUUUUAACAACCACAAGUUUUUGUUGUGGUGUGUUUUAAUUUAAUUGAUGAUUUAAACAAAAAACAAAUAUUUAUAUAUUAUAUUGAAAAGAAAGUAACAAAAAUACAUACAUGUACAUAAAACAUUUAUAUAUUACAUAAUAUUAUUAUUAUUUUAUUUUCUUAAUUCUUUUUAUUUUAUUUUUUUUUUCUUAAAAAAAUCUUGUAAUUUCAAAAAAGUUUUUAAUUGUUAUGGAAAAAUUACAAAGAUAACAAAAAUUUCUUAUUUUUGAAAAAUUACUAAAACAAAA